GCCAGUGAUUCAACUGUCAUCCUGUAUGGAGAUCUUUCAGUCAUUAAUCCAUUCAUGCGUUUCAGUGAUGCAGCCCCAGAGCCAUUGUUUGUUACCUUGGUGAAGCUUGCAGAAUUGCAGACUGCAAUCAGUUGACCUCAUUACCAAGUGAAAGGCGGCCCCCUCUCACCAUUUGGUCAUAUUCACUCGUUCGACUGGGCAUUCAUCCAUGUUGACAGUAUUCAUUAGUACUGUGAGGGCAGUCUGUUUUGCGACGCUAUAAUGAAUGUUUUCGCAUACUAUACUGCGCUGUAACAGUAACUAAAUGCACAUUCUUGGCAAAACAAUCUCCUCUAUAUUUUUAGUAGGUUAUCAAACUUUAGGUUUGAUAUGGCUGUAUAUUUGGGUUGUAUUUCGGAAAUAAUUGGUUUGUGGUUGUACAACUUAGACAAGUAUAUGAAUAAUGCUUUUCUGAUGCAACAGGACUGACAUCAAUUUUUUUUACCUACUUUAUAAUCACCCUCUGAUUUUUCCCUCUAACAUCUCUUCUUGGACUUAUGUUUAUGCAGGAGAUUGAUGCCUUUGUCCAAGAGUUUCUCUCAGUGGUCCAGAGGCUCCCGUCGUGUAUUUCCACCCUGCAGACACUCCAGACAGCCUAUGCCCUCUGCCUUCACCGAACUGAAUGACUUCUGUUACAGCAGCGAAGCCAAGUUCCAACUGCUGCGGAGGAUAACUGCAGCUGCCGAAAAAAUAGAGUUGCUGUGGCAACAGGCCUUCUCUAAGGCCCACCUCCAGGUGCAGGUCUACCAGCUGCGUGAUGAGGCACAGCAGAUAACUGAACAGAUUAAAAGCUGUCAGAAAGAGAAGCUCCAGCCUUACAGAAUAGAGAUCGCUAAAGAUGCGAGGAAGGCUGAGACGUUAACAUCUGAAUUUGAGGCAUCCAUCUAUACACCUGCCAUGGCUCUAGUCCACUGUGCUGAGGAUGUGAUCCACACGUUAGCUGACACUCUGCCUCCUGGUGAUGCCCAGACCAGGGAAGAGUGGGUGCAGGAUCUGGACAGACUGAAGGAGAACUUCCACGCUGCUGUAGAGCUCCCUCAUCAGACCCUCGGAGCAGUCGCUGACUUCUACCACUACUACACCAAAAUGUCCUCCAGUGAUUUAAAAGCGGCGGGUGUCCUAGGUCUUGAUGACACUCUUGACUCUGCCGACACUGACAGCCAUAGUGAAUGUAGGUUAUCAGAGGCAGCCAGUGAAACUGAGGCAUCAGAAUGCAGCAUGAGCCACAAUGGAAGGCCGAUGGAGAACGGGCCGACGGGGUUGAGGCCCCCUCAAACCAACAGGGGACAGUUCCUGAAGGAGCUUAAAGGACUGCACAUUCUAGAUGAGCUCAUCAUGGAGGAGAACCUCAAGAUCCACAAGCUCAGACAAGCUGAGAACGAGAGCCUUGAUGAAAAGCCCCCUCAAUUGGCGGGCUCUUGA